AAUUUAUUUCGGACUAACUAAAAUGGAAUCAACCUCUGAAGAGUCAAAAAGCACUGAUAUCAGAUGGAAUAUCUGUGUAGAUGGGUCAGAUAUCUGUGUUAGUGCCUUUAACACAGUUUUUAAGAACCUCAGAAAGAGUGAUGACUAUACUAUAGUUACACAUGUCUCUAACGACUCAAAAACUUAUCUUGAUAUGAAGUACAAGCCUGAUAUCAUCAAACAGGAUUAUGAGUCGUGGAUGAUAGGACUUCACUCCAGUAAAUGGGAGCUUGUGUUCCACAAAAAGGAAUCUGGCCUAACCACUCAGGAACAGAUAGUAGAGCUUGCCGAGAAUUAUAGGUCUGAUAUUCUUGUCCUGGGUUAUCAUGGAAGAAAAGGAGCUAAGGAAGACCCAACUCUUCUGGGCUCAAAUGUAGACUUAAUGGCUCAAAACCCUGUAUGCCCUCUGCUUGUCAUUAAGAGAGAAGAGAACAGAGAGGAUAAAGAAAAUAAGGGAUUUAGAUUUGUAGUUUGUAUAGACGGUAGGACAAAAUCUUAUAAAGCCCUAAAUACGGUUACUCAAGUAAUGGAUAAAGAAAAAGAUGAAGUCAUAGUUUUGACUGUUUCAAGAGAAGUCAUUGAUACAGAAGCUGUUAAGGAAAGAACAUCAGGGUUCUUAGAUGAAGCUGGGGUGAAGAAUCACCACUGUGAACUCCUGGAAAGAGAAUUUGAUGAAAGAUAUUUUGAAGCAUUAAUAGACUAUAUCAAUGUUGAUGACACCCCAUAUGUAGAUUUUGUUGUCCUUGCAAAUAGAGGAAUUGAGAAUAAGCAUUAUAGCAAAGAUAAGUACCUCGGAAAGGUUGCAAAGGAGGUCCUGUUCCAAUCAAAAGCUAAUGUUCUCCUGGUUACAUAAUUUCUUGGAAUUUAUUCUUGUUCAAUAGAA